AUGAUCAACGAACAAUCCCUCGCCCAACUCACAAACGAGGGCAAGGACGACCAAUUCGUCCCAAUCAAAGUCCUCAGCACCGAAGACAAAGAGAGGUUCCAACUUGAACGGUACGACUUCGACAUCAAGCUUCGUCGUUACGAGAUUCGAAAGAAGGCGUGUUCGCAACUCCUGCAUUGGAUGGAAGAGACGAUAAGUCCGGAUCUUUUGACGAACCUCAAUGAUAUCGUGGAGAUCUCUAAGAUCGUCAGCAAAGUCAGACAACGUCUCGGGAUUAUACCCAUGUUGCGACAGGAGCAGAUAAGGACCAACUACUUCAACGUUAUGCACAACUCCUCACACCUAAGCGGACUCGAUUGGUAUCAGCUGUGGGAGGCAGCAUACAUCGAUGCAGUAGCCUUCAACAUACCUGAAAUCGACGGCACGUUCGGCAUCACCCAGUUCCUCAACAGUGCAAUGUCGUUCAACAUCACUUGGGCCCAAGUCCAAAAGGAUAGGUUCAUUCGUCUUCAGGUUGCAGGCCAGGAGAUCGAAACAUCACUGAAGCAGUUGGCCACCGAAUUCCUUGCAAGCACUAAGUCGAAGUUAGACCAGCACAAGGAAUCAACAACAACAUCCAGCGCCUUCAACACGGCCACAGACCCGAAGACGAAGAAGACUUACGACUGCCCAUGUGGAAUCAAGAAAGCAUUACAUACCUGGACUCCGAUCCAAUGUGCUGCGUUCAAGGUUGCGGUCCUUGGCAAAACGGCCUUCUAG